AUGCGUCUCACAGCGUCCCUCCUCGCCGCCGCUUCCCUCUCCACCUCCGUUACGGCCUUCUACCCCUACCAACUCAACACUGAAGUCUCCAUCGGCAAUUCCCUUCUGUCCAACCUCCGUCGUCGCUUCAUGCCAUGGAAACUCCAACAAGAUGACACGAAAGACUCAGACUCCCAGGGGUCAUCCAACCUCCUAACCCUCGACCUCCAAAAACUCCCCGUCCGCCGCGACAACAACUACAAAGUUGUCAUGUCCGACCCCCCGUCCCAAUCCAACAGCGCCGCCGUCGACCAGGACGGAAACGACUUCUCAUACUUUGCCGUGGUGCAAGUCGGUUCGCAGAAGCAGAAGAUGCGGAUGUUACUGGACACGGGGGGAAGUGACAGCUGGGUGUUUUCCUCAGACUGCUCGAGCACAGCUUGCAAGCAGCAUGAUAGCUUUGGGGAGGAUGCUUCGGAUACUCUGCAGAUAACGAAUACGGCGUGGACGGUGCAGUAUGGGACGGGUACGGUGAAUGGUCUUGUUGGGUGGGAUACUAUUACCAUCGCGGACUUGACGGUCAACAUGACUUUUGGGCUGGCGUCGAAGGCGUCUGAUGAUUUUCUGUCGUAUCCGAUGGAUGGUCUGCUGGGCUUGAGUCGGUCGAAUGAUACUGGUUUCGGGACUCCUACGUUUAUGGACUUUGUGCAAAAGGAGAACAUGCUGGAGUCGAACAUUGUCGGGUUCAGUCUCUCUCGGGGGUCUGACGAUGACCAGGAUGGAACUGUUACCUUUGGCGGUGUCGAUAAGUCCAAGCUGGACGGUAACAUUACCUACACUGAUACCAUUUCCUCGAGCAACCGCUGGGAAAUCCCUGUCGACGACGUUACCGUCGACGGCCAGGCCUGUAACUUCACCGGAAAGGGUGCCAUCAUUGACACGGGCACAUCGUACAUGAUGCUUCCUCCUGACGAUGCUAAGACAGUCCACUCCCUCAUCCCCGGUGCCACAUCGUCCGGCCAAAACUUUGUCCUCCCCUGCGAAUCGGAUGCUGAAAUUCGCAUCACAUUCUCUGGCGUUAGCUACAACAUCUCCCCUAAAGACUACGUUGGACAGAAAGCCGGCGAUAACUGCGUCUCCACUAUUGUCGGGUACCAGUCUUUUGGUGAUGAUGAGUGGCUUGUGGGUGAUGUCUUUUUGAAGAAUGUCUACUCUGUCUUCGACUACGACAACGACCGCAUCGGACUCAGUGGUAGAAAGGGUGAGACGGCGCCUGCUGAGACUGCCUCGUCAUCUGGGUCUGGUUCUGAUGAUGCUUCUAGCAGUACUUCGUCGGGUAGUGCUGCUAGCUCGACAGAUGUUGAUUCUGCUGCUGUGGCCAGGGUCCCACGCUUCGGUUUGCCAGUUCUGCUGGUGGCCUGCAUGUUCUGGGUGUAA